CGGCGGGCAGGACUCCAGCCAAUCGCGGCUCGCGGCUCGGCUCGGGGGCGGAGCUGGGUGAGCCCGAGGCCAGAGCGAGAGGCCCCGGGAGGCGAGCGAGGCCCCUACCCACCACUGGAGGGUCGCAAAGCUGCGGAUGUGCCAGGAGUGAACCUGGCAGCCGAGGUGAGGAAACUGAUGCCCAGAGAGGUAAUGUCACUCACUUCCCAGAAUCACGCAGGUGAGCAGCGUGAAAGGCGGGAUUCAAACCGAGGGCUCCCUGCUUCCAGCCUCGGUCUCUGUGUUCCACACCUGUCUCGUGUGUGUCACAUUUGAAGAAAUGAGUGUUGUGGAAGGCCCGACCGGGUAGCUCAGUGGGGCACCAUCAUGGUAGGAGGCUUGAAGAGGAAACACUCCGACUUGGAGGAAGAAGAGGAGGAUGAGAAGUGGGACUGGAGUCCAGCAGGCCUUCGAAGCUACCAGCAAGCCCUGCUCCGCAUUUCCCUAGACAAAGUUCAGCGAAGCCUCGGGCCCCGAGCCCCUAGCCUCCGAAGGCAUGUCCUCAUCCAUAACACCCUCCAGCAGCUUCAGGCUGCGCUGUGUCUGGCUCCGGCGCCUGCCUUGCCCCCCGAGCCCCUUUUCCUGGGUGAGGAGGACUUCUCCUUGUCAACCACCAUUGGCUCUAUUCUCAGGGAGCUGGAGACUUCCAUGGACGAGACCGAGACCCCUCAGAAUCCAGUGGCUCCCCCAGGUCCCCAGAACGAAGAGCUGCCCCAGCCCGAUCCAGUCUUCUUAGAAGCUCUGAGCUCUCGAUACCUGGGGGACUCGGGUCUGGAUGACUUUUUCCUGGACAUUGACACAUCCACCGUGGAGAAGGAGCCUGCACUGGCCCCCCCGGAGCCUCCUCACAACUUCUUCUGUGCCCCGGGGUCCUGGGAGUGGAAUGAACUAGAUCACAUCAUGGAAAUCAUCCUGGGAUCCUAAAACUUGGAUGAUUGAAGGGUGCUCCCUCCACAUCUCAGCCUCAGUGGGCUGGAUCCCUGGGUGCAAGUGUGUGUGUGUGUGUGUGUGUGUGUGUGUGUGUGUGUGUGUUGGUAGAGGCUGUAAGUGGUUGGCCUCCUUUCCUCCCAUAUCAGGGUUCCAUAAACUGUAUUGCGUGUGUGUGUGUGUGUGUGUGUGUGGUUACCAAAGCCUUCUGUGAAGGUGGGUCAUCCUGAAUUAAUUUAUCUGUUCCAAAUGCCUUAAUGAGACUCUGUUUCUGGGAGUCUGGUUUCCCACUGCCACAUUUCUUCUGCCUUCUCCUCCAGUUCUUAACUCCUUUUGUGACCACUGGGGCCUCAGGGAAGAGAAGCUGGGCCUGUCAAAGAAUGACAGAGACUCUGCCUCUUGGACCUGGAAGGAGUAGGAGGGGCUGGCCUCCUCCCCCAAGGCUGAACCCCCACCUCCUUGGCAGGACCCCAGUCCCAGCAGCCUCCUGAUGUAUAACCAGGCCGGACCACGUGCAAUAGGUGGAAACCAAACUGCUCCGUGCCGCGUUAUUUAAAAGAAAGGCGGGUUUUGUGGUGGUU